AUGAAUGAUAAAGAUAUAAGUAAAAUUCAAUUUACAGUUGGUAAAGUUGAUGCAGGAAUAACAAUUUUAUUAACUUCUGAUUAUUACCUUGUAGAAUUCCCAUCAUUAUUGCUUCCUCAUGGUAUACAAACAGGAUCAAUUCUAGAUAUAUCUAUUUCUCGAAAUCAUGAAGCUGAAAAUAAAGAAAAAGAAGAUUUUCAAGAACUACAGAAAAAAAUACAUACGACAUUUGGAAUAAAAAAACCUACUGCUCCACUCUUAAGAGUUAAAAAUGUAACACAAACAAGUGUAGUAUUGGAAUGGGAUCCUAUUGAAUUAGGAACUACGGAACUUCGAAGUCUAACAUUAUAUAAAAAUGGACUGCGUCUUGGUAAAAUUCCAAAAGCAACAACUACUACAAGUACAAAACUAUCAGGUCUUGCCUUGAAUACAGAGUAUUCUUUCCAACUUGUACUAAAGACUUCUGGUGGCACCUAUUUUUCUGAAUUUAUUAUAGUUCGUACACAUAAGAUGACAGAUCUAAGUGGUAUUACAGUAUGUAUAGGAGAGUUAAAUGAAAAUGAUAAAAAAGAAUUAGAGCAAACAAUAAAAAGAAUAGGUGCAAAACCCCUUCAAUCAAAAGUUAAAAUAGAUACAACACAUUUCAUUACAUCAAAAACUUCAGGUUCCGAAUAUAAAAAAGCUAUUUCUAUGAAUAUACCUGUUGUUACUCUUGAUUAUAUCAGAAGUUGUGAUGCAGAAAAAAAAAUAGUUAAUGUUUGUAAAUAUUAUUUUGAUUCUAGUCCUUUUUUUGGAAAGCAAUCACCUGAUAACUCUGAAUUGAUUAAGGACUCUCAGAACUCUUUUAACUCAGUAACUAAGAAAAAUCAAGAUAUUGAGAACCUGGAGAAAAAUAACUUCAAUAGUUUAGUAAUAUCCGACUCCGUCAAUUUGCAAACAAGUUUAUUUACUGAUAGAACUUCAGAUGAAAUCAAUAGAACACUGAUAAGAGAAUUAUCUCCAAAGCCAAUUAGCGAGGAAGAUGAAAAUAAUAGUUUAGAAAAAUUAGAUGAAGAAGUAACUACUUUCAAUUAA